AGUCACGUGCGGCGCAGCUCGAGCUGUUGAGUGUUGAUGUGACUGAGGCAGGAUCUGUCGGUGUCUCCGCUUCAUGCGCUCUAAACAUUAAAAAAAAAAUAAUACACCGAGCUCGACCGAAGAAUGAGCGACAACGAUGACAUCGAGGUCGACAGUGACGAAGAAUCGUCGAGAUUUCAUUCUGUGGCAGACAAACGAGCUCAUCACAAUGCGCUGGAGCGCAAACGCAGGGACCACAUCAAAGACAGCUUUCACAGCCUCCGAGACUCUGUGCCCGCCUUACAGGGCGAAAAGAAAUUAAUUCGGAACGGAUUCAAUUCGUGUGCAGAUGUUCCACCGAAUGCCUCCCGAGCGCAAAUCCUUGACAAAGCCACAGAGUACAUCCAGUUCAUGAGACGGAAAAACCACACGCACCAGCAGGACAUCGACGACUUGAAGCGACAGAACGCUCUGCUGGAACAGCAAGGUGAGCAGCUCCGUCACCACCUCCUCCCCUCUGCCUCAUCCUCCUCAUCCUCACACCACGCAGUUCGCGCACUGGAGAAGGUAAAGGGGACGACACAGCUGCAGGGCGGCUACUCCUCCUCAGACAGCAGCCUGUACACUAACCCUAAAGGCAGCGCCGUGUCCGCCUUCGACGGCGGCUCCGACUCGAGCUCGGAGUCCGAACCCGAGGAGCCGCCCACGAGGAAGAAGAUCCGCCAGGAGUCCAGCUAAAAAUCGCACCGUUUCGUCCUCGCUCUUCCGGCUCGUCCCUCUUUCUCGGUGCGGACCGAUCAGAGACUUCACAACUUUCUGUUCCGUGUCUCUUACAGCCUUUCCAGAUGCCAACCCAGACACAGGGAGCGGGGAGAGAAGCACUCGUAGCACACGUCUCUCUCUCCUCUCUCUCUCCCUCUUUUCUGUCUCUUCCUCCUUCUCCGUCUCUCUCUCGGGCCGGCUCAGCAGUAACAAGCAGCAUCUCAAACCUACAACGAGGCAGCUUAAUGAUUUACGGACUUGGCGCUCCUUGCGUACACGUCCGUCCACCUGUAGGACAUGGCGAAGGAAGCGUACAGCUCCUGGCACUGCUCGAUGUUUCCUUUUUUUUUUAUGCGUUUAAAAAUAUAUAUAUAUAUAUAUAUAUAUAUAUAUAUAUAUAUAUAUAUAUAUAUAUAAAAUAAUCUGAGUACUUACCCUGUGUGACUGUUCCAAAGGAGCGCUUCAUCUUUCUUAUGAAAUGUGAAAGCGCUUAACAUGAACCUCUGCGGUUCGCCCGUCCGUCUGAGCGAUCGAAUCUGAUCGGAAAUUUGGCUUAAAAAAAGAAAAACAAUGAAAGAAAUGUUCUUAGAGUUGUUGUGUUUUAGCCGGAAUUAGUUAGCGAGUUUAGAUAGCCGAAAGGGUUUUUAUUUUAUAAAGUAUAAACGUUAAUUUAUAUUCUCCCUAUAUAUAUAUAAAUAUAAAUAUAUAUAUAUGUACUGAGUUUUGUACGUUUCAUGCAAUUUUAAGGAAAAUAAAUUUAAAGUAAAAGACGGCUUUUGUGCCUCUUCAGGGAAAAACAAAACGUCCAUGCUGAUCAAGUUUUCACGCAGCUCCCAUCCAUCCACUCCUGUUCAAUUUUUUUUUCUUUUUGCGUGUUUAUACGUUGUUUGUAAGUAUAUAUAAAUAUUAAUUAUAUUUUAUUUGUGUUUGGUUGUUUUUUGUUUCCCACCCCCCCCUCCCUCUCUGAAAACAGAUUUCUCUUUCAUUCCACUCCAGUCAUGGAAGUGACCGGCGUGUAUUUCAUUCAUACUGCAUUAAACAGAUCCAUCAUUACAGAUUGAGGCCUAGAGUUAACUACCAGAUCAUAAAUAAACUAUUUUAUCCUUUCGA